AUGAGGAGAUUAGAGGCUCUACACUCAGAUCCCUCACUAAUUUCUUCAUCGGAAUAUGCGGUUACUAUCACUAAUUAUGAUCCUACUCUAGAUCUUCCCACUACUCUCUGCAAAGAUUCUAUCCAUAUCCCUAAAACUGUUAAGGCAUUAUCUCAUCCUAGUUGGUGCGCCGCUAUGAAAGAAGAAAUAGAGGCUUUAGAUAUAAAUGGUACAUGGAAACUAGUGCCUUUGGCUAUUGUUAAGAAAGUUAUUGGCUGCAAAUGGGUAUUUACAGUGAAAAUGAACCUUGAUGGUUCUAUAGCUAGGUUAAAAGCACGUCUUAUAGCCAAAAAACAUAUGGGGUUGAUUACUCUAAUACUUUUUUCUCCAAUAGCUAAACUUGCUUCUAUUCAAUUGUUUAUUUCUCUACUAGCUACAUAUGACUAUCCUUUGCAUCAGUUAGAUAUCAAGAAUGCAUUUCUUCAUGCUAAUCUUUAG